AUGGCGACCGAGGUGCGCUACGAGUUGUGGACGACGCACAUUUUCGACGCGCCCCAUCCCAUCUAUGUCACUGCCGAGUGCAAGGGAGACACGACGCGCGUCACGCCCGUGUUGUCUGGGCGCACGAUCAAGACUUGGCUACGCAAGCCACAUACGCUCAACUUCAAGCUCUUCUCGUCCGCGGAACUCGAGACUCUCGGCUUGGAGCGCGUCACAAAGAACGAAGCCGACUCGGGCGUUCAAACGUACAUUUGGUCGUACGUCUGUCUUGCACUUCCCCACGACGACCGGCGGUGGGCGUAUGGUGUUGUCACCAAGUGCACGUGGUCCGACGCGGCCGGCGGCUCGCUCAGCGUGACAACCGGCCGCGACGCACCAGUGUACAUCUCGGUCACCGAGGCGACGCUGCACGAGGUCACGAUCGCUGCUUACGCGCUCCGACCGUUCCACAACCAACCGUUAGAGACGGCCCCGCUACGCAUGGUUCGUGAAGUCACGGAAGUGGUCUUGCACCGCUUCUUCCAAGCCGGCAACGCGCCGCUCGACCUUUCGGACCUGGCUCUACCGAUCGCACUCGUCGCACCGCCGCCCGGUGAUGAGCUCGUGGCAUUUGUCGCGCCGACGCAAACGGUGCUCGAGCUGUCGUUGCGACACGCCACCCGCCGUGGUCGACAUGGCCCUGGACCACGGAGCUCGGAGUCCCCUUAA